GCCCCGUCAAGCGUCUUGACGCCGUUGAGGCGUUUGAUCAGCAUGACCCGCAAUGUGGCCAGAAUAUACAUGAACUCUUGUAUUCGACUCGAACCGGUCUAGGAUACAAGAUUAUUACCUGGGAUGAGACGCAUCUGUACAGAGGAGUCCUCGUCAUCUGAAUUCGGAAUGCAAAUUCCUUACCAUCCUGCCCCGAAGCUUUGCCCCAGAGUGACGUUAGUCCCUAUUUACAUGUUUGCAGAACCAUUGCGGACAGAGGGAUGUGGGCCGACUGUGCAACCGGAUUUUUGAAAGCUAUGAGUUCAUGUCAAUGGUUGGGGAAUUGGUUGCUGGCACUCACAGUUUGUCGUGUCUCUGCAUCGAGUUCCCCUUGACCGUGGUAGAAAAAGCAGAAAAGCAAUUGAAGGCAAGUGAGAUUUGCUGCGGCUCCAAAUCUAAAAGUUUAUGGUUGGGGGUUAUUUGGGUGCCAAGAAAGACUGAUCUAGCACCCAAUCGAUCCACUCACCGCCUUUGAACCUGGUGGGCGGCAGUAUGCAAAAAAUAACCAUCGCCAGCGUUCGUCUCGCAACACCAGCUCGACGGCCAUCCCCUCCACGCCCGGCAUAUAGGAGUUUUUGAAUACCUUUUCCAAAAUGGUUCGUAAACUAAAGCAUCACGAAAAGAAACUCCUUCGCAAAGUCGAUCUCUACACCUACAAAUCCGACAACAACCACCGCGAAACCGCCGUUCGCCAACGCUAUCACCUCCAAGGUCCCUUAGAUUAUAAGAAAUACAAUGCCCUCUGUGGCUCCCUGCGCCAACUGGCUCAUAAACUCUCCGCCAUAGACCCGGAGUCUUCCUUUCGCAAGGAUAUCGAGGCGCAGGUCCUAGAAAAGCUCUGGACGAUGGGAAUCCUAAAGCAAAAUCGAGAGCAAGGGGCAGGGCUGAGUAAGGUUGAGAGAGAAGUUACUGUGAGCUCGUUCGCGAGAAGGAGGUUAGGUGUUGUUAUGGCGAGGACGGGGAUGGUGGAGAACGUGUCCACGGCCGUCAAAUUCAUUGAGCAGGGGCAUGUGCGCGUUGGCACGGAAGUCGUCACCGAUCCUGCAUUCUUGGUCACGAGGAACAUGGAGGACUAUGUGACUUGGGUCGACUCGAGCAAGAUAAAACGGAAUAUCAUGAGCUAUCGGGAGAAACUGGACGACUUUGAUCUGUUAUGAUGACUUACGGUCUGCAUUGUUAUGAGUGUAAUUUCUACGACCUGGCUGUGUUGAUAGGCUUCCAUCUGAAGCUUUCUUCCCUGGAUAUCGCCACACAGGGACAGUGGGACGGAUCAGACCCGGUACGCGGAAUUAUUGUUUAUUUUUGGGAUAGAUAAAUCUGAGCCUCGCUCGGUGGGCGUUUUGGGCGAAGCAUUGAGCUGGGUUGGGAUAUACCAUUUUAU